CAAAAUAUUCAAUGAAGCAUGGACAGCAGUACAUUCUUUGUGAAUAUUACAAACCAAAGUUGACUUCCAGUCCUUUUAGAGCAGUGGAACGUGGUGUAAUCAACUUUCCUUGAUAAAAGAGCUGUCUUCCAGCUACUGCAGCUUCUUCAUCAUCUCUCCACUGAUGCCUGGAACCAUGAAAAUCUUUUUCCUAAUUUUUGCUGCCCUCAUUCUUCUUGCUCAAAUUUUCCCAGCCAGAAGUGCACUUCUGAGAAGAGUGUCUUGUAGUAAAAUGGAAGGUCGCUGUGAAGCUGAAUGUCUUACCUUUGAAGAAAGACUUGGGGGCUGUAGAGCUGAAUUAACACCAUUUUGCUGCAAAAAAAAGAAAGAAAAAAUAAAAGUUACACACCAGCUACAAGAAUGAAAGAGGUGAAGAUAUUCUGACUAUGAACUCAAUGUGGAAAACUUCUCAGGAUCUUCUCUGACCGCCAACUUUUGGAUUCCCUAAGGCUGUAAUGGUGCCGUUUCUGAUGCUGCAGGGAAAUAGCCACCCUAGACUGUGAGCUUCUUCAAGGCAGGCACUACGCCACAUUCACCUCUGCAUCCCCAGUACCUGGCACAGGGCCUAUUAUUUCACUCAUUGAUAAAGUGAGUGAGGAAAUAAUAGAUAGACAGAUUAGAAGUUGAACUGGGACUUGAGUGAACUGAGGACUUAGGUAACUGGAACUUAGGGAAUGAUAGAUCUAGCUUUAAACAAAUGUAUGACGUGGGACCUUCUGUACCAAGAUUUUGAAACCUAUACUCAAAACUAAUAGGGGGUGGGGUUUCAAAAUGUUCUCUUUUGCUUUAAGAAUUUAUAGAAUUUAACAGACGUACUGUCCCUUCGUGUGGCCUCACGUUUAGUCAGAACGCACACAUGGUUUACAGCUUUUACUAUGUACCUUUCCUUGGCCACCAAGUAUUUCCAAAAGUGUGCCACUUUUUAACCUUUACUUUUUUUUUAAGUCGAAGGUGAUACUUUUUCUAUCUGUGAUGAAACUUGUGUCAGCCAGCUGAAGGGGGUGUAGCUCAGAUUAUCAACAACACUACAUUUUCAAGUCAUGCUAUGGAAACCACCUGCAGUCUGUCAUUUGUCAGAUUUACAGUACCUUUUCUCUUUAACUUUUAGCAUUAAAUAAAAAUAAAAUUGGGAGCACUGAAAAAAAAAAAAAAAACCUAUAUGUUAACAGGAGAUUGAACCUCACAGUAAACAGAUUACCUGCUAGACAAAACUUUGGCCACCUUAACAGUGCCAUUAUCACACUCUUGACCCUUCUUUAUAAGUGAGAAUUAUGUAGAAGGUCUCCCAUUUUCUGUUUGAUCCAGAACUUCCAAUUUCACAAAGAAAUGAACCCAUAGCCAUCAAAAUUCAAGUUGGUUGUAAAUUGAGUAACAUCUGAACUCCAAUUAUGUGCAGUGAUAAUUUACCAAAUUAUGUCUUAUUCAAGCAACAGGGUCUCCAUAAAUCAUCUAAUUCAACACCCUCACUACAGAUGAGGUGGCUGAGGCUCAAAAUUAUGCAGUUAUUGACUUAGUUACAUUUACAUUCAGACGUAAGGAGUUUUGGUUUUGUGUCCUUAGCAUGUCCACAAAAUAGUAUGCUGUGUGAAGACAGGACACAAGGGCCAACCCUAAAGAUAGGAUGGUUCUUAGCAGUUCAGGUGACUAGCUGGAUAGAGGAAGAAGUUCAAACAAACUAAAAAGCUAAGGGAGCAUUUUCCCAAAUCCCCCUUGCUAUCCUGUGAUUUUUGCCCUUUUAGGGCAAUUGCAAUAGCAAAUUGAGACCUGCCUUUCUCCUAAUUUGCCAGCAUUAUGAAUCCCAGCAUUCAGGCAGAACUAAGUUUAUUCCAUAAGCAUUCUCAUCACGGAUUAACAGCACACUCUCACAGAAUAGAAGAAACAAAGGCCCUCAGUUCUGCUCUAGAGACUAUCUUUACCUAUUUGAUUAAGAUUGUUUUCUAUAGAGAUUUAAAUAAAAGAUAACAAAAUAAAAAUUUCUGGAACAAGCUGAUUUGUAAAAUGCUUAAAAAUAGGAAAUAAAAUGUGCUUUCAAGAGAGGUUCUGGCACUGCUACUAAUUUUUACAGUGCUCAUUUUCAUAUUCUGAAAACUAUGACAGAGGAGAAUGUAUCGGAGAAUGUGAAAGUACCUGUUUUAAUUGAUUUUCUUGAUUUCUAUGCUUUUCCAAGAAAUGUCUUACCCACUGCCUUAAAAUAAAACUAACUGCCUUUGAGGAACUAAAUGUAUUUAGGCUUUCUCCCUUCUCCUUUUUCCCCAUUCUCUUUUCGGUCAGUACCAAAUAGCUUAAAAUGUAAUGUACAUUUUCCAUCUCCAUUAUUUCUAUACCCUGUUUGCUUCUUAACCUAAAAAGAUAUUUUCUGGCUUCAUCAUUUCACCGGAGUGAUCUUUAUACAGAUAUCAGUGACCUCCUUAGUCACAUCUUCAUCACUGUUCUCUUAACAAAGAUAUCAGGGCCGACUCCAAUGAUCUGUAACCAGAAUUCAUCUUCUUGAUGAAUUCAUUCAUCCUGUUGGAAAUAUUCCACAGGGUAGUCCAACACCCAUUUUAUUUCUCUGUGAGAACUUUUAUCUUUUGGCUAUUUUUCUUCCUCUUCACUCAUUCUCAACCUUCUUUGCUGACUCAUCCUAGUUCUUUCUUUGCUGGGAAAAUGUUCACUUGUGUUUCAUCCAUCUUAUUGUGCAUGACAACUCUCACCUAUGGAAUAACUAUGUGACCCUGUUUUCUUUAUUAGCUUUUCUGGGCGCCAAGCCUUCCUUUCAUACUGCAAUCUGUGAUGUUGUGCUGAGACUCUGCGAACUGCACUUGUCGAGCUCUUCAGCCAAUGAGCUUCCUACUUGUGCUUUUAAUGAAAGACAUUAACUGUAGACUGGAAAGUAAGAAGAGUGGAUGCACCGGUUUCUGUUUCUAGUCUCUGCCAGUAGCAAGUGGUUAACUCUGGGCUCUAGGCCAAUCAGGUUGGUUUUACAUGUCACUUCCUUAGUUUGUAUGUCACUUCCUCUUCUCUAGCUAUAAAUAUAAAAAUGAACCACAUAAGAACACGGGCAAAAGUGGGAACUUGUGUUCCAGCUUUGGAAGAGAAUAUAACUUGGCACUAAAAGGGACUCUGAUCAGGGUCCUGACUGCCAUAAGCCCCUCAAAAUCUUUUAGUAAUGGGCCAGCUUUGUAACACAAUGGUUAAACACUGUGUGGGGGAAGGUGGAUCCCACAUGGCCAACUAUAGCUCAAACCUAGAUUCUUGUAGAUUGAAUAAAACAUUCAGAGCAUGUGUUCAUAUGCCCCGAACCUGACAGGAAGAAGGGAUAGAGAAAAGGGGAUUGCAUCGCAACCAGGCCCCAUUGAG